GCCCUAGCAACCUGCAACAUUCGUCCACAUGGACACUGAAACUUCUGCGUCGAAGAAGCUCCGUUUAACGUCAGCCCAACGCAAUUUAACUUUAAUGUCGCUGUGGAUAAAGAGGAAUUCUCGGCCACGUUUACCCGGAAACUAAUUAGUGUUAUCUACGCAACACACGACACAACCCGUUUGUUUUGUGUCAACGAUGAUUGAAAAGCUCAGUUUAACGUGUGAUGUGCUUCAGUCACACCGACAACUCGCUUGUUGUCACUCUUAUUGCGGUGUACCGCUGCAUGGCAAGGACAUGCUGAUCUACAGCAACAUGGACAUAGAGCAGAAGCCCCUGAUGCUCACUGGCCACCAUGGCGAGGUCAGUGCCAUGACCUUUGGAAAACGAAGCAGUCCUGUUCUGCUCUGCUCUGCCUCAGCUGACUAUAUCAUCGUCUGGGAUAUUGAAUUGUGCCAUAAGAGAACACAGGAGGGUAAAGUUGCAGCUGGAACAGUUAUUGGGACUUUAUUGGGUGAAGUGGUCCAUCUUUCAUUCUGUUUCUCUGAUGAACGAGUGGCAGCAUGCUCUGGAGCAACUGUAUAUAUUCUCAGCUCAAAGAGACAGGAAGUGAUCUCCACUUUGACCUGCCACCUCGGACCUUUAACAUCAGCAGAGUUCUGUCCCUGGAAUAAAGACAUUCUUGUCACCACAUCAGAGGACCGCACUUUCAAAGUGUGGGAUUUAAAAACUGAAGCUGUUUGCUACCAGUCGUUUGUACUUUCAGCCUCUCCACUGCUCAGUGUGUUCCUCCUAGAGGAGCACAGGCACAUUAUCACUGGCUCAACUGAUGGACAGCUGUGGUGCUUUUCUCUUCCCGAUGACCACAAGUGUCGCCUGGUGACCAAAAUAGACCUUGAAAAGGUGGAAAAAAGACAUCAAAUGCACCAAGGGACUGUGAGCGAUCAAGCAGCAUUCGCAGAACAAUCAGCUGAAGAUAAAGUGAAGACUUCAAAACCUGUCCUCAGAAUGGCUUUAUGUAACUCGUUCACCGACGCCAGGAGUGAGCAUAAAACGGACAACAGCUGGUUAUGUAUUGGAAGCUUUGAUGGCCUGUAUGUGGUUGAUCUGGCUACCUCCGAACUCCUAACAGCAAUAUAUUUCAAAGACUGCCCCAGCUUGAGCAUCACAAUGGCCGGGUCCUGGUCAAUCUCCCCAGGCUGGGAUAACUCUAUGGUGUUUUUAGUGAGCUCUUUGUUUACUCCAUGUGUGGUCCUGUUGGAGUUACGUCUCUGUGAGCUAAGGAGGACCUGGGCUUGUGGUGAAGGCUUUUCGAUAUUCCCCAGUUCUCCUCCACUGCUUGAGUCUCCUCUGAAUGGCGAGUUAAAGAAGAGGGAGCCUGAGCAUCCUAAAAAAAAAGGAGGAAUAAAGGAGCAGCCUCUGGUCUUCCACUCGAACGUGAAGUCAUCUGGAUACACCAGUGCCCCAAGAAAUAGGAUGUUUUCACCUAAAACAAAUAGCCAGAAGAAUCCCUCCUCUAAAAAGGCUAACACACAUAUAGGUUCACUCCUCAGAGAUUAUCCAGCAGACAUUGCAGCACCUUCUAUUUCACGCAUUCAUCUAAGCAUUGCCAAUAAGCCAGUGCACUGCCUUCAAUAUUCAGGUGACGGGAAACAAAUACUGUGUGGUCUUGGCGACAGCUCAGUGUUAUUGUACAAGACCUCCCUUGCUGGCAAUCCAACUGUCUACACAGGGCAUGACAAGCCAGUGAGCAGUGUGAGCUGGAGCCUCAGCAGACAGUGGUGGUUGAGUGCGUCAGAAGACCAGUCAGUACGAAUCUGGAGCCAUGGCAGCCCAGAGCCAGCCAUAAUCAUGGGUGACAGAAUAAUCUCCAAACCCAUUAGAGGUGCUCAGUUUUAUUAUCUUGACAAAUUUCUGCUUCUGGCAUCUGGACCAUCUCUCUCAUUGUACCUGUACAAUGUGGACAUCACACGAGACAACAUAAAAAGAUAUCACCAACGGAGUGUCGUCAAAUUGACCAGAUGCUUUACGACGCCAUCAGCAACAGACAUCACUAGCUUGUCUGCAAUCAAUGACUUCUUCUCUUACAUUGUUCUGGUGUGUGGUUCAGAUCGAUCCCUUCAGGUAUUUGACAUGAACAAGGGCAUCGUUGCCUCCAUGCAGCCUGAAGCCCACAGCAGAGCCGUCCACUGCAUUACACAGAACAAGGGCUCCAUGUUCAGCACACAAGCGCCGGAUUUAUACAACCUCUUCCUCACCAGUGCAGUCACGGAUGGUAUGAAGAUGUGGGACCUCCGUACAAUGAGGUGUGUACGGCGCUAUGAGAACCAUCUAAAUCGCUGCCAUCCGUGCUCUUCAGCCAUAUCGCCAUGUGGCCGGUUCAUUGCCUCAGGAUCCGAGGAUAACUGUGCAUAUAUUUAUGACAUACGCAGCAGCAGCUACCUCCACAAACUUCAAAAACAGUCAGACACAGUGCUCAGUGUGACUUUCAACCCUGCAACACCAGAGCUGCUGACUGGGACCCUGGAUGGGAAGCUGAGACUGUUUCAGUCCAUCAGUGGGGCUCGUCUGUCUCACGACACCAAUGCUGCUGUGCAUAGAGUCCCCAACAUGACUGUGUGAUUACAGCAGGCUGCUGCAAAGACCAUGCAGGUUUCAUUAAAGCAGUUCCAAGCCCCUGGCUAGGAUUUUAGUGGGAUAGGAGAAAUACGUUUAAAGAGUUUUUGUUUUUAUGUUAUAUGUGACUUUUGUGUUCUUCAACCCCUGUGCUUAAUUGCAGCUCAUUAUUGUGAAACUUCCAGUAUGUAUAUCAUACCGCUUUACUUUUGACUGAGAUUCAAAGGGAUAUUUCGUCAGAUUUUCAUGGAACCACGUUAUUGUCAUGAGACGAUGAUGGUGAUAUGUACUUAAUUACAGAUACAUUUUACAAAAACAAUUUUUUCAGCAGUUAUUCCCAUCUGUCUGUUCACAUUCUGGAUGGCGGAGCAUAAGAUUUUCUUUGUUCAGUCUGUGGAACAGAUGUACUUUUAUAUCACUGGCUGGGACAACUUAACAGAUCAGUACACAGAGCGAUGACAUCAGCUGGGUGCAACCUAUUUGUCUGCCAGACACACAGAUGCUACUACUGUUCAUACUGACACACCCAUUUGCAUUGUUUAAGCUGUACAUUUACACUUCUCACCCACAAACGCAACGACAUUUGAGUUACAACUGACAUCAACUAUGCAACUGUAAAAGAACAGAAUACAAAAAGUAGGACUGUGAAAUGUAAUAUUAAAAGGAGA